UCCUUCUGGUCAAACUUUAAAAAAGAAAAAUAAAAAUAUAUUACUUCUUUCACCAUUUACUCAAAUCUCUCUCUCUCUCUUCAGCUUAGGGUUUUUCUCUCUCUAACUUUCCUUCUGUCUUCUCCUUCUUUCUUGUUUGUAAUCUAGAGCUUGUUAGUGAUCUUUGUAAUGAAAUAAGGAUACUAUUGAGCUUUGUUUUGCUUUAGUUUUUAGUGUAAUUUCGAGCUCGAUCGGUCUUGGUGGGUUUGGAAGAAAGUGAUUUGGAGAGAAGUUAUUCAUUCUGGCACUGUGGAAAAUCGUUUGGAUCUGCAUUUGCUAAAGUGCAGUGAUGUGCUGAUUAAUGGCGCUUAAACGUCCAGCCCCAGAGGCGGCUAAGAUUGCAAUUGGGUCCAUAGGGCGUGGAUAUGAUAUAACAGCAGAUUUGAGGUUGAAAUACUGUAAAGGGGAAGGAAAUAAUUGCCAGUUAAUUGAGAUUGAUGACGGUGGGGGCAGAGAGAUUAUUUUGCCGGGUGGAAUUUCAAUUCCAAAGGUGUCUAAAUCAAUAAAAUGUGAUAAAGGGGAGCGAACAAGGUUUAGUUCUGAUGUCCUCUCAUUCCAGCAGAUGUCAGAGCAAUUUAAUCAGGAAAUGUCAUUGACUGGAAAAAUUCCUUCUGGUCUCUUCAAUUCCAUGUUUGAAUUCUCAGGUUGUUGGCAGAAAGAUGCAGCUAACACAAAAACCCUAGCUUUUGAUGGGGUAUUCAUUACACUUUAUACAGUUGCAUUAGAAAAGUCUCAAAUGGUGCUCCGUGAUCAUGUAAAGAAAGCUGUCCCUUCAUCAUGGGAACCGGCAGCACUAGCAAAGUUUAUUGAGACAUUUGGCACGCAUAUUAUUGUUGGUGUGAAGAUGGGUGGGAAGGACGUCGUAUAUAUGAAACAGCAACAUUCAUCAGUUCUUCAGCCAGCUGAUGUACAGAAGAGGUUAAAGGAAAUGGCUGAUAAGAGAUUUUUAGAUACCGGUGGACCAUAUGGCAUGGCUUCUGAACAAGUUUUCCCGAAUAAUAAGUUGGAAGUCAGGGAGCAACGACUGAGGUUUGUUGAUACCAGUCCCUCAAGUUCUUAUUCACAUAAGGAGGAUAUCGUGAGAAUUUACAAAAGGAGAGGUGGAAAUGACGAUAAACGUCUUUCCCAUAGUGAGUGGUUAUACACAGUUCAAUUUGAGCCUGAUGUAAUCUCAAUGUCCUUCAUCCCUAUUACCUCCCUAUUGAAUGGAAUCCCAGGGAGUGGAUUCUUGAGCCAUGCCAUUAAUCUAUACCUGCGAUAUAAGCCCCCCAUUGAAGAGCUACACCAGUUUUUGGAAUUUCAGCUGCCAAGGCAGUGGGCUCCAGUGUUCAGUGAACUUCCCCUUGGCCCACAACGGAAACAACAAAGCACAGCAUCUUUACAGUUUAGUCUCAUGGGGCCUAAGCUUUUUGUGAAUACCACUCCAGUCGAUGUUGGUAAGAGGCCAGUGACUGGCCUUCGACUUUAUUUAGAAGGUAAAAGGAGCAAUCGCUUAGCGAUACACUUGCAGCACCUUUCAUCUCUUCCAAAAGUCUUCCAACUUGCAGACGAUCCAAAUGGUAAUUUCAAUCAGGAGUCCUAUGAUCGUAAAUACUAUGAGAAAGUCCAAUGGAAGAAUUUCUCUCAUGUCUGUACAGCUCCUGUUGAGUCUGAUGAGGAACUUUCUAUAGUAACCGGAGGUCAGUUACAAGUUGAGAAUUCUGGGUUUAAAAAUAUUCUCUUUCUACGACUGCGAUUCUCAACUGUGACGGGAGCAGCAGCUGUAAAGCAUCCAGAGUGGGAUGGAUCACCAGGGUUGGCACCUAAAUCUGGUCUCAUUUCAACACUAAUUAGCCAUCAUUUUACAUCGGUUCAGAAGCCACCUCCAAGACCAGCUGAUGUAAAUAUAAAUUCGGCUGUGUACCCUGGGGGCCCGCCAGUGCCUGUUCAAGUCCCUAAGCUUCUGAAAUUUGUUGACACAACAGAGAUGACAAGAGGACCCCAGGAAACUCCAGGUUAUUGGGUUGUAUCUGGGGCAAGAUUAGUUGUUGAGAAGGGCAGGAUUUCUCUCCGGGUUAAGUACUCCUUGUUGACUGUAGUAUUACCUGAUGAAGAUUUGGAACCAGAGCAGUAGCUGAUUCUUUUCCUCUCUCCCACACGCCCUUGACCAAAAGAGAGAAUACGAAAGAAAAUUAGAAAAUGAACCAAGGGGGAAAAAAGGAUAAAAAGGUCAUGAAUUAUUGGCUUUGUUUCAGGCUGUGAAUGUGGGAAGGUCCCUUAGCUUAUGUAAGGAAUAGCAUUGGAAGUGAUUGAGAAAUUGUUGUAAUAUUUUGCUGCUCACUGAUAUUUUCCCCGUGAAAUGUAAUUUUGCUUCUGUUGUAGAUUCCUCAA